AUGCUCCUGGUUGUGGUUGGGCGCCUGGCUGUUGGCCUCCUGGUUGUCCUGGUCGUUGUCGUGCUGGUCGUUGUCGUGCUGGUCGUUGUCGUGCUGGUCGUUCCAGCGCCAUGGCUUGUCGACCUGGUUGACACCUCAUUCACAGUGGAUUCACCUACGGUCUCGAUGUUGGUCAUUGACGCGCUCCCCUCUAUUUCCAUUGGCGUAUUGAUCACAGAUGAGCUUGUGAUAUCACUCAAUGCGCUCGACAUGGAGCUUUGCUCGCUGGUCGCCGCCGCAGCGGCGCUUUGCUGUCGUUGUUGUUUGGCCAUCUUCUUCCGACAUAUCUUGCACUCAACUCCUCUGUCGGUACAGAGGUGUUUGGUCUGCGAUGAAUGA